UUGGAAAUAAUGAAUGCAUGUUUGUUGUUUUGGCAAUAUGUAUUUACAUAUUAGAGUUUUGAUAAAAUAAGGCCUGUUUUAAAAACCGUGGUCAAGCAAUAGUUAAAAAACACUAAUAACCAGUGGUGGAAAGUAGUACAGUUACACACAUUUACUAUACUUAAGUACACAUUCUAGUUACUUGUAUUUUACCUGAGUAUUUCCAUAUUAUACUACUUUAUACUUCUACUGUACUACAUUUUGGAAGCCAAGUGUAUACUACAGUGAUGUGAUGUGCCUUUUUCUGUGGUAUUGCAAUAAUUGUUCAUUAAAGUUGGAAAAAAAUGUGUGUAUGAAAUAUUUUACUAAAAUAAACAAAUUACUUAUUCCAAAUUCUGGUAUUCCACCACUGGAUAAAACAACAGCUUUCUCUGAAAAUGUGACGCAACAUUGAUGUAACAGCGCCCUCUGCGGACACUCAUUUCCGGUGAACAUGGCAUAUCGGCGUAAUUUCCGAGGCUCCCUGAACGCAGCCUUUUCACCGCAUCAACCUGCCCAGUUAUUAUUAGCCGUUUAGUCCGUUUGUCUUUCAUACAGGUGUGUUUCCACUCGUCCUUUUGUGUCAAAUGCAGAAAACUCCAGAUGAGAAACUAAAUGGCCGGUGACUCACAACAGACCGGAAUGUUUGUGGGAAACAAAAAACAACAAGCAACAACGGUGACAUGUUAGCCUCAGUAGGACAGGUGCCUGUCGAUAUUUGAAACGUUAGCAGCAUUGUUGUGCUACAGAAAUCAGUGUUUCGGCUUCACGAAGACGACAUAAAAGGACAUCAUUUAUCAAGCAACCAGAUACCUACAGAGGGUGGAGCUCCACAUCAGGAAACCUGCCGCCUCCUCCCUCUCCCCCUCCACCUGUUCUGCCUCUCAUCCUCUUCCCCCCACUUCCAUCCCUCUCUCACCUGUCCUCACCUUCCACCUUAUUAUCUCCUAUCCCCACAACUUCCUCUUUUCCCAUCUCCAUCCAUCGCUGACAUGGCGUCGGCUCAGUCGGAGCAGUCCAGCGUCCUGCAGGACGAGCUCACCUGCCCCGUGUGCCUGGACUUGUACCGCGACCCACACUUGCUUCCUUGCGGCCAUAACUUCUGCAAGAACUGCCUCAACCGCUUAAGGCGACAAGCGGAUCGAGGUCGCUUCCGCUGCCCCGAGUGCCGCGACAGCCACCGCUGUGGCCUCAACUUUCAGAAAAACUUCAAACUAGCCAAUAUUGCCGACGACUACCGGCACCGGCGCAGCGCCACCACUGCGGCUGCUGCAGCUGCAGCUUCAAAAUCCAGAGAGCUGCUGUCCUCUAGUCUUUCAGUGCAGCAAGGCAAGAGUGUGUUUGCUGUUCCCUGCGACUACUGCCCCGCAGCGGCUGCAGAGGCAUCGGGCGUCAGCGUUGUGGACGACAUGUAUUCUGCUGCUUCAGGAUCUGUGGAGGUGACGGAGAAGCAGGAAGCCGCCUCCGGGUCGAUGUUUGCCGUCAAGACGUGCCUGAAGUGUGAGGUGUCGAUGUGCCAGGAGCACGUGAAGCCACAUCUGGAGCUGCCGGCGUUUCGAGAGCAUCCGCUGACUGAACCCAUGAACGACUUGUGGAAGAGGAAGUGCCCGGAUCACGAUGAGAUAUACAGGUAUUACUGCAUGGAUGACAAGAUGUGUGUGUGCAACGCCUGCACCAUAGAAGGAGGACACUCGGGACACAAAAUCAAGACCCUGAAGAACACCAUGAAAGAUCUCAAGGGCGCGCUGGAUAAACAGAUGUACAGGGUGGAGAGGAAGUACAGCAUGGCAGAGAAAAAACUCCAGGAGCAGAAGGAGAAGGAGAGACAGAAUAAGAAGUUUUUGGACGACUCUGAGCAGUGUUUGAACCGGCUGGUUGACGAGAUGAAGGCCAAAGUUCUCCGCUUCGUCACCAGACUGCGGGAAUGCACGCAAACUCACUGCGACACCAACGGGCCGGCCAUCCAGAAGAACAUCUCCAGGAUCUGCCAGGACCAGGCCCGGCUGCAGGAGGUCCGCUGCGGCCUGGAGAACCUCGUGCACGAGAACGACCCUUUCCGCUUCAUCCAGGCUUACAAGACAACAGGAAAGCAGUGUCGUAAGCAGCUGAGAAAGAACAUGUUCUACCCAGAGUACGUGGACAUGGAGACGGAGGUCCUCGGAGUGAUGAUGGAGGAAGAGAUGAGGAAAUUCCUUGAUGAGGAACUACCGUGUCACAUUGUCGCCGCCAUCAACUCCCUGUGUAAUCUCUCAGACCUGGAGGAGGAGGAGGAGGGCCAGGAGGAGAACGAGGAAGAGGCCGUUGAUGAUGACGAUGACGACGACGACGACGACGAUGACAGCAGCGUGGAGGAGAUGAGGAGUGAGGGGGAGGAGGAAGACGAGGAGGAGGAGGAGGAGGAAGACGAGGAGGAGGAAGGACACGACCACAGCGAGGCUUACAGCUUCAGCCCAGGGGAGGAGGAGGACGAGGAGGAAGAAGAAGAGGAGGAAGAAGACGGAAUCCUGGAUGAUGCCAAUGAUGGAGAAGAGGAGAACGAGGAAGAGGGAGUUGUUUAACCCAGGAUUUGUAAACAUAUAUUUUUACACCGCACUUUGGACUCGAGCAGCAAGCACACUUUGCCUCCUACAAUAUUCUGAAACGACGCACUGGAUGAGCACAGAGCUUCGGUUCAGCUGGAUUUUAAAACCAACUCUGCACUGAGAAUCUGUGAAUGUGGAGCUCAACCCGUUUUGCAUACUGCUAAGAACUUAACAAAGGUGCUUUAUAGUAGGAGACGUGUACAUACAAAUGUAAAAGGACAGAAUGUGGCUGGAAGGACUCAAACAGAAGGUGGCCAAACCUCAGCAUGGAUUUUCUACAACUUUGGUUAAAACUUUAUGGUGAAUUUGCCGAAUCAGAAUUUGAUCUAACCUUUUAUCUGUAGAUCUUUUGAUAUGACGACCGGUGCUCAGCAGAGAGAGCUUCUGAAGUUCCUUACAUUUAAUAAGAAUAAGUGUUUGAAUUCCUUGAGUUUCUCAUUACCAUAGAAAGCCUUCUGAUCUUUGUAAACAGGACACCAUUUGUUAACUGAAGGACAGCGAACAUGCAAGGCUAGUAACGAGCUACUUGAAUGAGUCCUGCGUGAAUAUGAUUGUUUCAUUUAUGCUACGGUUACACAUUGCAAGCCAAAGAGAGAGAGUGUGUGUGUGUGUGUGUGUGUGUGUGUGUGUGUGUGUGUGUGUGUGUGUGUGU